UCGGAAUCCCACCACUCCACACCGUUCAUUCCCUUCCCACCCAGCUCACGACCACUCAUAAGAUGCACUGGAGAGCGAGCCGCGCCGGCUGUCCGCCGCUGAUCAUGAUCGACGACACCAUCAACGACGACAAAAUGGUCGAGGGACGUUGCAAGUGGGGCUUCGUCGUCUACCGCACCACGUAUGCCCCCGGGACCGACGACACCUGGGCACGCAUGCUGGCCCAGCUUCGCGGGGAUGCCGAAGAGGUCCUGGAGGCAACGGGCCGGGCCGACCUCGGCCCCCGCCACGAGAUCGUCGCGAUGGACGACAAAGACCGCUUCGAGGGCGCCACCACCCACGACGUGAGGGAGCACUUCCGCACCUGGGUGGCCGACGAACUGCCGAACAACCUCACGGACGAGGAGCGGGGCCGCGAGGAGUUCAGCCAUGCCGCGCUCGCCCGCUCGGAAAGUGAUGCGGAACCUGGCCCGGACUGGUUCUUGGGUACCCGGUGGAACUUCUGCCUUGUGGUCGACGAUGUGUGCCUGGAGUCACUGGAUGAGAUGAGCCUGCCGGUUGUCAAGAUUCUGUGGAAGCAAUGGGGCCCGUUAGGCCCCGACGAGAGGGACUACCAGGUGCCUGAGGGUUGGGAGGAUGGUCAGACUGAUGAAGAGGAGGAGGAUGUUGGCUGGAUGUACUUGUCCAUCUGUGAGCAUGUCGAGAUGUACGAGAAGCUGGUUGAGCCCGAGUACUGGUCGGAUGCCUACGUGCGACCACCCCGUAUGGUGGAUGUGGAGGACGAGGAUGAGCUUCCUGGAUCGUGGAGGAAGAACAAUCCCAUUCUUGAUACUGACUACUAA